AUGAGCUUAUUUCAUGUUUCAUUUUUUCAAGUUACUUUAGAUAAUCAUGGUAGUAACCAACAACCAAAACGUCAAAAGUUACCAGAGCAUUUACCAAGAGAAGAUAUAUUAUUAGAAGUUGAUGAUCAAUGUACUUCUUGUGGCGGAACAAAAUUUCGUAAAAUAAGUGAUGAUAUUUCAGAAACAUUAGAAUAUGUUCCGUCAUCAUUUAAGGUUAUAAGGCAUAUAAGACCACGCUGUGUUUGUACUAAUUGUGAACUAAUAGUACAAGCUUAUCGUCCAUCAAAAGCUAUUGAUAAAGGUAAGGCGGGUGCUGAAUUACUAGCACAUAUAUUAAUUCAGAAAUAUUGCAAUCAUUUACCACUAUAUCGUCAGUCACGAAUUUAUCAAAGAGAAGGUAUCGAGCUUUCUAGAACCACUAUGGCAAGUUGGGCUGGUCAAUGUGCUAAACUACUAGAGCCAAUAGCAGUAGCAAUUCAACAAUUUAUAUUUUCUGGUCAGCAAAUACAUGGUGAUGAUACACCAGUAAAAGUAUUAGCUCCUGGCAUUGGCAAAACAAAAAUUGGUAGAAUAUGGACCUAUGUAUUAGAUGGUAGAGGUUAUGGUAACGAAGCUCUUAUUGCAGUGUGUUAUUUUUAUAGUCCUGAUCGGAAAGGAGUAAGGUCCUUAGAGCAUCUUAAGAAUUUUACAGGCACUUUGCAUGCUGAUGCUUACUCUGGUUACAACCAAUUAUAUAUUAAUGAUGAGCAAUCAAGCAAUAAGAUAGAAGAGGUAGCAUGUUGGGCUCAUAUGCGUCGUAAAUUUUAUGAAAUAACAGUUGCAAAUGAUAAAGCAAAUAUAGCGAUUGCCAUAUUGGAGCAGAUUGGUGAAAUUUAUAAGAUUGGAAAUCGAAUUAGAGGUCUAGAUCCUGAUGUAAGAGUUAAGGAGCGACAGAAAGAAUCUAGGCCACUGAUUGAGAAAUUAUUUAUAGGCUUCAGGAAAGCAUAUGAGCAACUGCCAAAAAAAAGCAGUACAGCAAAAGCUAUUUUUUAUGCUUUGAACAAUCAGAAAGCUUUACUAAAAUUUUUAGAUAAUGGCCAGAUUGAAAGUGAUAACAAUGCUGCAGAACGUGCUAUGCGUUCAAUCGCAAUAGGACGAAAAAACUGGUUGUUUGCUGGCUCAGAUAAUGGUGGACAUACUGCCGCUAUUAUCUAUUCGAUUAUUGAAACCGCUAAAUUAAAUAAUAUCAAUCCUUGGAAAUAUUUACAAAAAGUACUUGAGAUCAUUCAGGAUUAUAAUUCUAAGAAAAUCGUAGAUUUAUUACCAUGGAAUCUUAAACUGGAAUAG